AUGGCACCACCACCACCCAAACCCAAUACGACCUCUACCGCUCCCGCUCCCGCCGAAGUGGAGUUUGAGACGACGACGCCCGCUGAUUCGUUCGAGGAGCUCACAGACGGCCCAAGUGGUGCUGCUCGUCGUCCUACGCCAUCGACCGUCUCCGUCUCCGCCUCCGCCUCCACCGCAUCCGUGCCCGCGACGACGACGACCAAGAUCAAUGGUCUAGGAUUGGAAGGGGGGAUCCUGACGAGCUCAGCUUUGAAUGUACUGUUAUCGCAUGACACCGAAUUGGAAUCCGGAUCGGGAUCGGGAUCAGCAACGGGAACGACGACGGGAACGACAACGACGCAGCCGACCUCGUCCAGCAGCGGUGCGAUCGCCCCUAGCCCAUCUUCAGCCCCACCACCCACUGUAGCAGGUUCAGCGACGACGACGACGACGACGACGUCUGUGCCGGCGGUCAAUGUUGAUGCUACGCCGCAGGUCGCGAUGAAUCAUGCCCAGGGGGGUGUCGGCUCUUCACCACGUGAGUCUUGGCGAACGGGGGGUUCGAUGUUGCAGUAGCAAGGGAGGGAAAGUCGGGAGGGAGAUGGGCGACAGAAAAUGCCAGUCAGCCGGCGUGUCAGCUGGUCCGAUGAGAUGCACGGUGAUGCUCGUUGUGGUGUCGAUGGGCGGGUUUGCAUGCUGACGUAUCGCCUAUUCCCAUCGUCAACCUGCCCCCUGUCUCCCCCCUGUCUCGACGAUCGCCGUAGCUUACACCACUCGCAAGCAACAACCGGCUCGGACACUGGGCACGAGUCCAUCCAACUCGGCCUUUUCGUCCCUCGACGCUUCUCCCUCGUCCCCGUCCGGGUUAACGAUCCCCACACCCGCCGGCAAACCGAUUGCCUCGACCUCGACCGCGACGACGACGACGACGACCUUGAACCCCGCCUCCUCCCCCCUCUCCGCUCCACCGCUCCUUCCCUCUCCCCAAGCAGCCCCUGCCCCACCGAUCGUCACGUCCUCUACACCGCCACCGUACCCAGCGCUCCACCUCCUCCCUUUGAACGAGACGUUCGUACCGAAGCAAAUCUCGCUCUACCCCCCCGGUCAGAGGAUCAAGAUCGGUCGACAGACGAACGCCAAGACGAUCCCGAACGGUACGAACGGCUACUUUGACUCCAAGGUGUUGAGUAGGAUGCAUGCCGAGGUUUGGGCCGAGGAUGGCAAGGUUCGUUUCGUUUCGGUCUUUUUCCGGGGAUUUAAUCGGCUCGCGAUAGAUAUCGAUCAUCAUAGGGUCUCGUUAGGCGGUACUGAUUCCAAAGGUGUGUGUUGUGUGUUGGGUCGGCGCAGGUUCUUAUCAAGGACGUCAAGAGUUCUAAUGGUACGUUCAUUGAUGGUCAACGACUAUCACCCGAGGCUGCGGAGAGCGAUGUAUUUGAACUUCGAACGGGUGUCACCGUCGUAAGUCCCAGCUCGGAGCCAGGUCACGCAUUCACAAGCGGGAGAGAGGCUGAUGGGUUUUUUUUUCUUCUUUUUUUUCACGUUCAACGUUCCAGGAAUUCGGUAUCGACAUCGUCAGCGAUGAUGGCAAGUCGAUCGUGCAUCACAAGGUCUCGGCCAAGGUGUUGGUCGUCAUGAACGCCGAAGAUGCCCAAGCCAGUUCUCGGUGCGUUGUCGUGGACGAGUCCAUAUAUGGAACAGUUAUCGAGUUGGAAGUUUGAGCUGAUUUCGAUCGGGACAUUUUUCACAGCGAGUUCAAUAACUGGUACCGCUACAUCGAACAACAACCGGCGCAACGACGAGGGAUGCGUCAGAUCGGCACCGGCGGCGCCCUGGGCGGCAAUUCGCUCAUGGGCGGUGGUGGAGGCGCGUCGCACCAGAACGCGCUCAACAUCGAUCACUUCCUAGGCAAGCUGCAGACCGAGCUCGCCAAAUCGCGCGAGACGGGUUCGCACCUCGGCGAAGUGGCGACCACGCUCAAUGACGUACAGGAUACGUUGGGGGGUGGAGUCGCGAAUGCACCUUUACCACCUCCUGGUGCUUCGGCGGCGUUGUUCUCGAGGGGUUUGACCAACGGUCAGGUCAAUGCUCAACAACAAGCUUUGGCGCAUCAACAACACACGCAAUCGAUCACGCAGUUGCAGAACCAGCUCCAGGAAACGCAACAAUCCCUUGCCGGUCACGUAGGCAAGAUGAAGGACCUCGAGGGGCUCUUGGCCGAGCACGAGGCGAUGAAGAGGGAGGUCGGCUCGUUGCGACGGCAGAUGGAGACCGACGUCGGUGCGGUGCAUCUUGCGAGGAGCGCGCCUGAGGGGCAGACGUUGCCCCCUUCUGCGAGUGAGCGAGGAGGGAGGGAAAGUCCGAUCGCGGCGAUGUUGGAGGCGCAGGAUCGGGCGGACCGCGAACGCGAACGCGACGAAGUGGAAGACGACGACGACGACGACGACGACGACGACGACGACGACGACGACGACGACGACGACGACGACGACGACGACGACGACGACGAUGAUGCGAGAAGCGUUGCAUCGGUCGAUACGGUCGUCGGAGGUGCUUCCGGUCGACUUAACGGACGAGCGACGUCGAAACGCUCUCCAGGCGACGCGACGAGGGAAACCGAGCUGCAGGAACAGAACGCGCGCUUGAGCGCUCGUCUGGAUCAACUUGCGUCCGAAUUGGACGAAGCGAUCAAAAUGGGACAGUCGUUGCGCUCGCAGCAGGAACAAGCCGCGACGACGAUCCGGAAAUUAGAGCAGCUCAUCUCUGGCUUGGAGAAGAAGGUCGAGCGACAGACCGAAGCUGCGAUCAAUCCUUCACGGGCCGUUCCUACCGGCGCUGCCGGUGUUGACGAGAAGCAGCUUGGCGAUCGGCUCGAGAGUCGGUGGAUGGGCUGGAAGGAGAUGUUUGAAAAGAGUUGGGAACGGGAGAAGAGGGAUUGGCAGGUCGAACAUGACAAGUUGAAGGUCGCCGUGCAGGAAUGGGAGGAACGCAGGAGGGCUACGUCCAGCGAUGAUGAGCAAGAGGACGCGGCUGCGGUCGGUCGGACAGCGGUCGGCUCGACGGCUGUUGCGGGUGCGGCGGCGGGCGUCGCGGGUACGAUCGCUACGAGCAAGUCCAAGAAGAAGGCCAAGCGGAGACGGACGAACGUCGCUAUCGCUUCAUCGUCGCCCGGGGCCAAGGAUGAUACUACCUCGAAAGGUCUAGCGACAUCGGCCGCCUCGAAUUUACCGCCUUUGUCAUCUCUCGCCAAAUCGUCGUCGAGCUCGUCCGGUCCAAAUCGGUUAACAACUCUCGCCAAGAGCUCGCACAUCGACGAUGCAGCGAGCGACUCUGAUUCGACGAUCGGCAGUCGAGGGACGAUGCAUGACGCAACGGGUGAAGCGACGAUCAAACGCGGGCAGAGGAGUGGGGUCUCUGAGUGGGUUGGAGGGGAGAAGGAUGGUGUCGAAGGUGCGGCGGGUCGGAGUGCGGCGACGCCGUAUGGCGGGGGUAGGAAGUUUGGUGACCAAGGGUCCGGAGGCGUCAUUAUUGUGAGUGCCGAGACUGAGCUCAUAGCUGUGCAGUCGCUGGUGUUGAUUAGGCGGCUUUGUAUUGCCCGCUCACAGAUCCAGCAAAAGCACGUCACGUCCGCCGUCGUGGUCGUCGUCGGCGUGCUCACCGCCAUGGCCGUAUCGCUCAAACUGAAAGAGUAG